CCUGCUCCCCGCCCCGCCACAUCACGCAGCGUCCACGGCCGCUCGCCGCUCGCCGCUCGCCCCUCCCUCCCCCGGCCCCCCGACCUCGGCCGUUCGGCCCCUCCUGCGGGCGGAGGUGAGUGGUGAGCCUCCCUCGCCGCCUUGCCCUCCAGAGGGAACAAGACGAGAGCGAUCGGCGUCGGGAUGCUGAGGCGGCGGCUGAGCUCCCUUCUCCUCCGAUCCCCGUGCUCCUCCUCCGCCGCCGCUUCCUCCUGCCACCACCAGCAACAGCACCACCUCCUCCUCCCCACCCACGCCGAGAAACCGCCGGCCCUGAAUCUGCUCAGGCUCUUCACAUCCCUAGCUGGAACCGAUGGUGAGAGGCCGUUCAUCGCUUUCGUCUUAGGGGGGCCUGGGAGUGGGAAAGGAACGCAAUGUAGUAGGAUCGCCUCAGAUUUUGGAUUUUCUCAUGUGAGUGCUGGUGACCUUCUGCGGAAUGAAAUAGCUGCUGGCACUGAUCAAGGGGAGUGGAUCCUGGAGAUAAUAAGGGAAGGGAGGAUUGUUCCAUCGGAGAUAACUGUUGAACUGGUCAGAAAAGCAAUUGAAUCAAGCACUGCUAAAAGGGUUCUUAUCGAUGGUUUUCCAAGGUGUGAGGAAAACAGAAUUGCCUUUGAAAAAAUAACUGGAACUGAACCAGACCUUGUGCUUUUCUUUGACUGUCCUGAGGAUGAGAUGGUUAAACGUCUCCUAAGCCGUAACCAGGGACGAGUUGAUGAUAACAUUGAGACAAUCAAGAAGCGUCUAAAAGUGUUCGAGAGUUUGAAUCUUCCUGUUGUAGAGUACUACUCUUCAAGGGGAAAGGCACACAAGAUAAAGGCAACGGGAACUGAAGAUGAAAUCUUUGAAGCAGUUCGCAAGUUGUUUUCUUCCUUAAGGCUAUGAGGAGGCGGCCGUCCUCUCUCACACGGGAGCCGGGGGAAUUAGAAUUGCGCCUGGCGAAAAUUGUGUUUGUUUUGUCCCUUUCAUAUAAUCUUAUAGCGUAAUAGUUGUACAUAUUCUGAUACACGGACGGUCCAUACCUGUGAGAAAACAGAGGGCCGGUGAAACGCCCAACCUGCGAUGAUAAACCCUAACCUUGCGCUCUCGUCGCGCUCCACUGUACUGUAUAACGCAUGAUAUUUUCUGCCUCACACCCUACAAGGCUACAAUGUAUGUCUGCCCCCCUUUUUUUUACCGGAAUAA